GGGGGGGAAGGCGGUCGGUGGCUGCGCCCAGCGCUUCCGCCCGGCGCUCGGUGCCGUGGGCGGAAGCAGCGGAGCGGCCGCGGCCCGAGGCGGGGGUGAGGGGCGUUCCGUGAGGGGCGAGGAGUCCCCGCGGACACUGUCGCGUCGGCGGGGCCAUGUCGGCGCUGCCGAGGAGCUACAACCCGUUCGCGGAGGACGAGGAGGAGGAUGUGGCGCCGGCGGGUCCCGGCGGGGCGGGCGGCGCGGACCGGCAGCGGUACCUGCAGCAGGAGGUGCUGCGCCGCACCGCCGCCACCGCCGACAGCACCACGCGCUCCCUGUCGCUGCUCUACGAGUCCGAGCGCAUCGGCGUGGCCGCCUCCGAGGAGCUCGUCCGUCAGGGAGAGGCUCUGAAGCGCACGGAGCAGAUGGUGGAUAAGAUGGACCAGGACUUGAAAACCAGUCAAAGGCACAUCAACAGCAUCAAGAGUGUUUGGGGGGGCUUGGUAAACUACUUCAAAGCCAAACCACCAGAGAGCAAGCCAGAGCAGAAUGGAGCCCCUGAAUAUUACGCUAACAGCAGGUUAAAAGAAGCAAUGAUGUCUAGUAAAGAACAAGAGUCAAAAUACCAGGAAAGCCAUCCAAAUUUAAGGAAGCUAGAUGAUUCAGACAAUGACUUCAACAAAGCAGAUUUAGUUUCUUCAGUGCAAAGGGAUGCCUACCCAAAGAACCAACAGCUGCGAGCUUACCACCAGAAAAUUGAUACCAACUUAGAUGAGAUGUCUUCUGGGCUGAGUCGCCUGAAGAGCCUUGCUCUUGGCCUGCAGACGGAAAUAGAAGAGCAGGAUGAUAUGUUGGAUCGGCUCACAAAGAAAGUAGAGACACUGGAUGUCAACAUUAAAAACACUGAUAGGAAAGUCCGGCAGCUUUGAAGGAUUUUUAGAAUUUCUUUUGUUCAGUUUUGGUUCAUCCUGAAUGCCUCAUCUCAACCGAUCUCUUAAAAAAAAUCUUGGGCGGUAUCUGUUUCUCCUUUUUUUCUGCUCUGUUACUGGUUUUGUUGUCAUUAAAAUUACACAGCCUUAAGUCAGCACAAUACAUUUCCUCUUAGUGUACAUGGGAAAAGUGCAUGUGGAGUGGAAUCCCUCAGCGCUUGGUCAGGACGCCCUGCUCAGUUGUGUAACUGCAUCGUGUGCGUGGAGGAAUUCUCACUCCACAGAGCUGCAGUGCCCUUGGCCUGGGAGCUGUGAUGAGAAAAGGAGCUGCAUUUUUGCCUCUGUUUUGGGGAGGGGGCAGGGGGAACAGAAUGUGCUGCUUUGUUCAAAAGAAAUGUUGCCAAUUCUGUUUACCUACAGAUACGUUGAAUUCAGAAAAAAUGCUGAUUUCCAGCUGUAAAAAUAUUUUUAAGUGACUGUUCUGCAGCAUUUCUGGGGCUUAAGGAAUGAACUGUUCCAUGGAAGUUGUAAAAUAUCAAGGGUGUCAUGCAGUAAUGGUAAUAUCCUGUGUGUGUUCUGUUUCCUAAGAUGACUUUGCCCAAAUGGUGCAUCCACAAAUUGUGGUUUUUAUGUUUGGGUAACUAAAUACUUUUGCCUUUACAGUCUUGUCAGUAAAGAUCUCUAAGGGUAUCUUAUGGUCUGUAAGAAAUGUUCAUUGACAGUGACCCAAAAUGUUUGGGUAACAAAAUCAGGAUUUAAAUGUGUGUGCUCUUAAAGAUUCUUUUGCAGAAGUGGUCACCAUCUGUUUUUAAUUUUCUGCUCUUUCUCAGCUUAUUCAUUUAGGUGGUUAUUUGAAAAAACAGCUUCCAUUUUAGAAAUGGAGAGUUGAUCUGAUAGUGCACAAACAGAUUGUAGAAGACUGUUCUUUAGCAUUUAUUUCAGAUGUGAUUACAGAUGGAGCAGAUGCUGGGCUUUGCUAGGUAAUGUGACUGUUAAGAAACUCCACUAUGGUUCACAUGCAUCUGCAUUGGCUUAGCAGGUAUGAAUAAUUCCAAAUGAAGAAAAGCCCAAACCAUUUUUGAGUCUUCCAGAUAGAAAGUGGGCUUUCACUUUGUUUUGUUCUUUUGUGAGGGUCACUGUAGAACAAAAUCACAGUUCUUCUCCAGCCUGAAGACAUGACAGUGAGAGCUUGCUGUCUGUCAUGAAAGCAAGCAAGGUGCUCCUGUUUGGAGAGGCCAAGGGACCUGUGUCACUAUUGGGACAUCACAGGUGACAGCGUGUGGCUAGGAAGAGAUUUACUUCUUUUGAACUAGUGCCACCUUGCCUUAGGAAUUAAAGAAAGACUUUGGUGUUCAGGGCUGUCAGGCUUGUCCCCUUCACAGAUGUCACAUUCACACCCCACUCAUUCCUGUUUCAAGGGAUGUGUUACCUUGAGCUCACUUGCCACAAGGUGCAUCCAGUUGUUAAGGAUAUAAGAGAAACUGAGCCUUUCUUGUUUUACUGUCUCCAGAAAGUUCACUUGUAGAAAAAUAAAUCACUAAAAAAGCUACACUUAUUGGACAUAGUAUUAUGGAAAAAAUACUAUUUCUGGCCUACUGGCAGGGUUGAGUUGUGAAUUAGAUUUAAGGUGAGCCUCUGUUCCCUUUGUUACUGAUGGCAUUGAUUUUAGUCCCCCCUCCCAAAAAAAAAAUCUCUUGGAGGGACAUAAAAAUUAAAGAGCAAUUAACCACCUUUAAUUGCUUUUUAAUUUUUCAGUUUGUAUCAUUUAUGCACAUAAAGAAUUAUAAAUAUCCUAUUAAUAUUAAUAUAUCAUUUUACUAUUUGGGUUUAUACCAUGAUUAAUUAUCUUACUCUGUUAGAAUAUUUAUUAAUUAUAUAAUUUGAUGCCUCAAGACAGCUGAUACAUUUAUUUUGUAAAUUAUACCGUUGUUAGUGUUCAUAUGUUAAGUACCUCAGUGAAGGAAGGUCGAAAUUUUGAUUAUACCUGGUUUAGUUUCUUAUUUGUUGAAAUAACACUCCUUUUAGUGUAAAAUCUGCCUUCACCUGUAAGCAGCUGUGUCACAACUCAGUGUUUGCUCUGAUAACAAGGAUGGGCACUGAGUGAGAUUUUCUUGACUAAGUUAUGGCAAAUGGAGCAAAAAUGUCACUGGAGAAUCUGGUUCUGUCAUGUGUAGUAAGAAAUCUGGAGCUUGAAUCCAAGCAAAAAUUUUUGAUUUAAGGGUGAACUCUGCUGCCUUUUAAUGUUAAGCUAUUCCAUUUUUAGUCUAAAUUGCUUCACAGAAUUAACUUUUAUUUUUGAGCAAAUGUUUCAUUGUUUUGGCCUUAUGAAAUAAUCAGUGCAUCCUGGAUAUCUUUGAUGCUUUAAAAACACAGGCAGGGAAGGGAAAUAAAAAAUAAAUCCCUGGUUUUACUUUGGGAAUAAGAAACAAAUCCAUAUUUUUUCUUUGAGAAUGCCCUGAUCCAAGCAGAGUAGAAACCCAGGAUCUCAGCCAUGUGGAAUCUAUACAGAGGUCUAACUCCUCCUAACAAUCCCAUCCACUGCCUCAGUAAUGUAUGCCUGCCUUUGCUUAGGUUUUCUUGUUUUAUUGAUUUUUUUUUUGUUUGGUUUUAAUGGCCUUGUUUUAAAGGAUCAUUUCCCACACUGGGUUUCCUUUGCAGGGGGAAAAAGAUGGUGCAUGGGUAUAAAAGACUUUGUGCUACAACUGAAUUGCUUGUCUUUGCUUUCAUAUUGAUUUUUGCUGAUAACAAACUUAAGUCUAACUGACAUGAGGAGACACCACUAUUUUAUAAUAGUGAUGAUGUUUUUUAUCUCUUAGAAUAAUUUUCCAUCCUACAGGAAAAGGAAAUUUAAAGGAAAAUAAUCACAUGAUUUUUGCUUUUCCAGGAAAUGCCAUUUUGCAUGUAUAGUGAAGGAUUUACUUCAGUAGCUUUUCUUACUGUUUCCUCCAAUGGACUUUUAUUUCUUCUUGGAUACUGUUGAAAAACUUAAACUGUGUAGAGUCCAGGACUUUCAGAAGAAGUUUAAUUUGCACUCAUGUGCUGAUUUUUGAUAAAAUAAACUAUUUUGCCUACAUAUUCAUGUUGGCAUAUAAGCUGGUGUUCUUGCAGCAAAAUAGCUCUGGUUAAUUUUAUUGGCUUGGAUAGAAGCUUAAUAAAGUCAGAAGAAGAUAGCAAGAAAAACCCAACCAUUUUUAUUUAUAAAAUUCUUUAUAAAAAGCAGUUUUCCAGUUUCUCAAAAAGUUUGCUAAUCAGUUUUGAAGAGAUCUUAAACAUUGGGAAGUAGCUUAUGCCCUUCAUAACACAGACAUAAAAUUCUAAAAACAGCAAGGAAAAAGAAUGGGAAUAACCAGUAUCUGAUGACUGGACUCUUAGGUGAUUUGAUUUUUAAAUUUCAUGAGCAUUGAAUUAAAUCUUGUAACAAAUGAUAUGUAGCUGAAUUUUAGACUGUACUACACAGAUUUUUUUUGCUGUGCUGAGCUGAAUGGGCCCUACUGAAAUCAUUGGGACAUGCUGAUGUCAGGGGUUCUUUUAAUGUGUGAAAUUCACCUGAAAUAUUUUGCUGCCUAGUAGUUCUUGUGAAGUGAUGUCAUUUGUUAAAUGGUGGAAUAGAAAAUACUUUCCAACCAGUCUGCCUUCUGAACAAACAUUUUUGUAGGCAUUUUUACAAGCAUAACAUCAUAUGGAGGAUAUGUGUUAAUUUUUACUUUGAAAUACAUAGGACUUAAUUUUCAAAUCACAGGUGGUGAUUAUUUGUUUAUUGUCUAUGGCUUUUUUAAAUAGAACUUCAAUUCUGUGCCACCCAGGUAUAACACUUUUUGUACAAGUCAAAUUGCAUUAUCUUUUAUUUAAAUGCUAAACUGGACUGCAGUUCAUCAGUUGAAGAGAUUGAAUGGAAUGAGUGUUGAAUGGUAAGACAGUCAAUAAAGGUGCUUAUUGUUAA